UGGCUACGGAAGCCUGCGCUUGGGUCGCGUUGAUGCUGCUGGCGUUCUAGCGGUUGGACUCAGGCGCGGAGGCCUGGGACGUGACGCCGGUUGAGCGGGUCUGGGAGUCGGCCCGUGGGCGAAGUGGCCCGGAGAGACUGACUGAGCAAAAGGAUGAAUUUUACGGAGGCUUACUCAGAUACAUGCUCUGCGGUUGGACUUGCUACCAGAGAAGGAAAUGUUAAAAUUUUAAGGAAACUGCUCAGAAAAGGUCGAAGUGUGGAUGUUGCUGAUAACAGGGGAUGGACGCCAAUUCAUGAAGCAGCUUAUCACAACUCUGUAGAGUGCUUGCAGAUGUUAAUUCACACAGAUUCAUCUGAAAAUUACAUUAAGGCAAAGACUUUUGAGGGCUUCUGUGCAUUACAUCUUGGUGUGAGUCAAGGACACUGGAAGAUCACACAGAUUCUUUUGGAAGCUGGAGCAGAUCCUAAUGCAACCACUUUAGAAGAAACCACACCAUUGUUUUUAGCUGUUGAAAGUGGACAGAUAGAUGUGGUGAAGCUACUGCUUCAGUAUGGAGCAAAUGUCAAUGGAUUCCAUUCUAUGUGUGGAUGGAAUUCCUUGCACCAGGCUUCUUUCCAGGGAAGCGCUGAGACUGUACAGCUACUUCUUAAAAGAGGAGCAGACAAAGAGUGCCAGGAUGACUUUGGAAUCACACCUUUGUUUGUGGCUGCUCAGUACGGGAAGCUGGAGAGCUUGAGUAUACUUAUUUCAUCUGGUGCAAAUGUCAAUUGCCAAGCCUUAGACAAAGCCACUCCCUUGUUUAUUGCUGCACAAGAAGGUCAUACAAAAUGUGUGGAGCUUUUGCUGUCCAGUGGGGCAGAUCCUGAUCUUCACUGUAAUGAAGAUAAUUGGCAAUUACCUAUUCAUGCUGCUGCACAAAUGGGCCAUACAAAGCUGCUGCUGGAGACCGUAUUAGUGCCCUUCAUCUGUGUUGCCCUGGAGGCCAUGUUGAUGUUUUUGGCCUGUGCUGCUGCUGAAGGCUAUGAUGUGUGCAAGCCACAGCACGUGCGAGGAUCAGAGAACCGUCUGCAGCCCCCUGUUCUCUCCUUCCACCGCGUGGGUUCCGGAGCUCCAACUCAGAUGAUCCUCACCAGCCUUUGA